GCCAACAAGGAAAAGCUGAAAGAGAGCUCACAUUCAGGGGUCGUACUCUUAGUGGAAGAGGUAGAAGCAGGGUUGAAAGGCCUGCGAGUGGACCAGCAAGGGAAGAACGGCCCGCCCUUCCUGGCCGAGCACUCAGAGGAGGCCCUGGGGGCUGUGGCAGGCUCCUGGCCGCUGGCCAAAGAUGGUGAUAUGUCUGCCUUUAACAAGCUAGUGAGCACCAUGAAGGCGAGUGGCACUCUGCCUUCGCAGCCUAAAGUCAAUGUGCAUAGAGUUAAAGACCCACAAAUAGCCAUGGAUAGAAGAGGUGGGGGAGAGAUGGAAAAUGGUGAAACCUUCCUUGACCUGAAGAAGCUACCAGCAUCAAAAUCCCCACAUCGUUACACAAAAGAGGAACUUUUGGACAUUAAAGAGCGCCCUCACUCUAAACAGCGGCCUUCAUGCCUUUCUGAAAAGUAUGACAGUGAUGGCGUCUGGGAUCCUGAGAAGUGGCACGCAUCCCUUUACCCAACCUCAGGGCGAAACUCUCCGGUAGAAAACUUCAAGAAAGAGCUGGACUUGGAGCGGCCCCUGAUGCGGAAGGCAGCAGAUCCCAGAGAGCGGGUAAAAGAAGAUGAUUUAGAUGUUGUUCUAAGUCCCCAGAGACGCAGUUUUGGAGGGGGCUGUCAUGUCACGACCUCGGUCAGCUCCCGGAGAUCAGGGAGCCCCUUGGAGAAGGACAGCGAUGGCGUCCGCAUGAUUGGAAGCCGUAGGAUUGGCAGUGGAAGGAUCAUCUCUUAUAAGGACCACCGCAGUGGGGAUAAAGACUUGAGGGACUGCCGAGACUCAAGGGACCGGGAGAGAGACUACAAGGAUAAGCGUUUCAGGAGAGAAUUUGGAGACAGCAAGUGUGUCUUUGGAGAAUGCAGAAGAAAUGAUUCCUAUACAGAAGAGGAGCCCGAAUGCUUUUCUGCCGGACCCACGAGUCAGUCCGAAACCAUCGAGCUCACGAGCUUUGACGACAAGAUUCUGGAAGAAGAUCACAAAGGGCGAAAAAGAACAAGACGACGCCCCCCAUCUGUGAAGGAGAUGAUAAAAGAUGUUCUAGGAGAAGGUUCCGUCUCUGCCAGCAGAUUUAGCAGGUGGUUUUCAAAUCCCAGUCGAUCGGGAAGUCGCUCCAGCAGCCUCGGAUCGAUGCCCCAUGAAGAAUUGGAGAAACUUGCAGGUUUAGAACAAGCAAUUCUCUCUCCGGGUCAGAACUCAGGAAAUUACUUCGCUCCUAUACCAUUGGAAGACCAUGCUGAGAACAAAGUAGACAUUCUAGAAAUGCUCCAGAAGGCCAAAGUGGACCUAAAGCCCAGUCACUGGCCAAAGAUUAAGGCAGACACCUAUAUGUCUGGUGUAGGAGGAUCAAUAGCAGCAGAAGUUAGUGCUGCCCCUAUGAAAUGGACAUUUGAAAAUGAAACAGGAGUUUUUACUCCUUUUGUGGUUGAAAAAAUCCCCAUCAAUCUGUGGGGAAGAGACAUUUUGCAGCAGAUAAGGAUUGCAAUUAAGAGAGUGAUUAUUACAGCUAAAUCCUGUAACACUUGUCUGGGAGAAAGUUAA